AUGAGUCUUGACUCGCACCUCCCGACUUUCUCGGUAGGAAUUUCACAACUACUAGCUGAGAGGAACCCCCGACAAUCUAGUAUAAAAGUCGAGGAACAAGCGCCAUUAUCCGCAUAUUUGCCGAUUCCCAAUGACAACCAGACUCAUACGACAGUCCAACCCGAAUUAUUUAAAGCAGAAGACGCCGCAGUAUACCAACGAGAAUCUCAGAGUUGGGAUCACAACGAAAACGGCAUUGCUAUCACAGAGUCAGCCACCGCAAACCAACGCUCCGGCGACUUUAAAGCAGAGAACGACGGAGAGUUUGACGAAGACCUAAGCAACGACGAAGAAAUAGCAGACGGAGUGGGAAUUUCUGAUCCAACGACUGAUAAGAAGAGAAUGAAGCGUUUCCGACUUACCCACAAUCAAACCCGAUUUUUAAUGAGCGAGUUCACUCGACAGGCACAUCCGGAUGCAUCCCACCGUGAACGCCUGUCACGGGAAAUUCCAGGCCUGAGUCCGCGUCAGGUGCAAGUCUGGUUCCAAAAUAGACGAGCCAAGUUGAAGCGACUCACGAGCCAGGACCGAGACCGAGUGCUUAAAUCCCGAGCUCUCCCCGACCAUUUCGAUAGAACCAAAAUGUUGCACCAUCCCUACGACUCCAAACCAGGCUCUGGUUCGUCUUCAAAAUCCACAAACUCUGGCGGAUCCUCGGCUGCACGCGGCGGCGGGAAGCCUUUGGUUAUCGACACUCUUAAAAGAGCUUCGACAGACAACCUAUCUGUUUCUAAUACAGCAGCAUCGAGUUAUGGGAAUUAUAUCCAGUCUCCUGCUCCAGGUAGUAUAUCUGAGUCGCUCUCCCCUACAUCAAACACCGGAAACAGGACGGCAAUUCAUGGGGAAAGUGCCAGUCUGCCCGGGAUCGCAGGCAUGCACCAGUCAAAUUUUCCUGGUUAUGCUCGGUCUCAUAGUCUUUCCACCUCAUACAUCGGCUCCUGGCAGCAGUUCCACACCCACGGCUUACCAAUAUCACAAUCCGAUUCUGGCAUGAAACAGGACGUCAUGAACACUAUUCUCCGCCCAGGGAUGGGCUACCCAGAACUUGGGGGUUCGAUAUCAGACGCAUCGUCUUAUGACCGAAACUCUUCUUUAGCAAGUUCGACGGGUCAAAGCGAUGCACAACCGGGGUUGGCAUACCAUGGUAUUUCUACCUCGCCUGGUCAGUUUUCGUAUACUGAUAACCGAACAGGGCAGUCACACCAUGUCCAAAAUGAACGGUUUACCCCGUCCACCCAAGCGGUGGCUGAGUCGCCCAGUGGCUUUUCCCCAGUCAGCUUCCGACCAUUUCCACCUUUACAAACUGGUCAUCUACCGCCUGCGGUAGAUUAUCAAGUUUCGCCUUUUACCACGACUUUUAACUAUGAUCCGUUUUAUCAAUAUGCGCAAGACAACGCAUCUACCGUCAGUUUGCCGGCCUCGUACAUGCGAUCGGAAGCCAACUACAAUUCCCCGCACGGCUUCUCAUCAUAG